GUACCCUCUCACACUGCUGGAGCGACAGACACCAGCAGGGCUAUGGGAGCCUCAGUGGUCUAUGGAGCAGGUGUUCCCCUGUAACUGAUCACACAGUUACUAUCAACGAAACCACACGCCGCAGUCCGGCCGCAGCUCUGUUGUCAGAGCGUCACGGACGUCCUCCUCCUUUUUCCCCCCCCUGCAGUCGUCACUGCUGAGAGGCAGAACGAGAAACAUGAAGAAGAGCAGAGGAACCACUUUGAGCUGAGGAGGGAGAAGCUGAGGACUGAACGGCGCUGCCAAGCAGGAGGGAGGAAAUAAAUUGAGGAACUCAAAGAAGACGGCGAGCUGCUUUGCAGACAGGAUGAGAAGAACAACAGCUAGAAAGUGACUGAUGCCCUCAAACCUUCUGGUCACACAUGUAGGAAACCCAGCCAUCCUCGUGGUUCAUAUCUCAAAGAAAAUAACUUGUGAAGAAAAUGGCGACAACCAGGAUAGGACUCUUUCUCUUCCUUAUCUUUCGUAUCUGCAGUGCUAGAGCUGAUGAAUGCCCGAGCAUUCAUCAGUUAAAGAGUCUCACUUGCUACAAUGACUUCAACCGUGUUAUGAACUGUGUGUGGAACAGCUCUCACGUCCGCCAUCUUACCGGCGACGUGUGCACAGUACAUGCAAAAAAUACUGAUUACGGUUUUUACAAUGCUUCCUGUGAUCUAAAGCCCAUUGAUGCCUCCAACCCAGCUUUAAAAAGCUGCUCAAUGACAUUCCAGUAUACCUACAUUUUCCAGUCAUUUCAUAAUUUAACCGUGACUGUGAGAUGCACGCCUUCAGAACAUCUUGAAGUCAUCUACAACAUGCCAAGUUGUAACAUAAAGUUGAACCCACCAGGACGGCCGUAUGUAAACCACACCAAGGUGACCUGGACCUUUGAAGAACACAUGAGAAUUGACAUGUUCCUCUUUGAGCUACAGUGGAAGCAAAAGGAUAAGUCGUGGACUGAUACACCCAUUCAGAAUAAAAACGUCCGGUGUAAAGAGAACUGCGAGAUUCGGCUGGACCCCAGUUGGUUCAUAAAAGAUGAGACUUACGAAGCUCGUCUUCGCAUGCUGUUCCUUCCCUCCUAUUAUUCGGGAACCUGGAGUGACUGGAGUCCCACCAGCUCAUGGGUGUCACAAGUGGGGACGUUGAAACCAACCCCAGAGUUGGACGAGGCUGUUUCCACCAAAGGCGUUGUGACCCUGGCAGUGUUGGGUCUUUUGCUCGCCGCCGUUGUCCUUUUCAUGCGCAAAAAACAACUGAUCUACGUAGUGAAAAGCUUUAAAGGCAGAUCCAUACCGGACCCUGGGAAAGCCGAAAUUUUCCAGGACUGGUUUUCUCUGAACCCGAAAGGUCAAGAAGUUAUUCCUGUUUCAAAGCCCGAAAAAUCUGCAGUCCAGACCUGGCUAAGCUCCCACUUCACCGAGGUGUGCGUUCAGUCUUUGUUGAGCUCAGUGGAUAUUGUCUCCUACGAAGUAACCUCCACCGUGGACGCCAUGAAGUUCUGCAGACCAGAAGUAAAAACGGUCCCAGAAGGCGAGAGCUACGACUCCAGCUGCUCCAGCUUCUCCAACCCCAGUUACUCCGAGCUCUGCUCUUCUGCUUGCGCGCCCGCCAAGAAGCUGCAGCCCUGCGCGCCCGACGCCCCUUACAAGCCGACAGGCGGCCGAGUCGAAGAGCGGGACGCCGAACAGGAUGGCGACGCCGAACAGGAUGGCGACGCCGCGGCGAGAAAAGAACUGGAAAUGGUCAAGUUGCUCUUUAUGGGCGGCGAUAAGCAGAAGGCGGUGAUCGUUUCAGACUACGAGAAGGUGGAAAAACAGCAGCAGCAGGCCGAGAGGUUCCGGCUCCACAGCGUGGAUUCGGGGAUGUGCAGCUGUGAAGAAGUCAGUCAGGAGAGCAUGGAAGCAGACAGCAUCAACACGGCCGACGGACACGACGAAGGGACGAAGGAGGGAAAGCAGGAAGACGAGGAGGGAGAGAACGCGACAAAACUAGAUUUUCAGAUGUUGUUCGGUGGCAGCGGGAACGUUUUGGGCAAAAACUCUAUCCAGACGUGUUUCGAUUACAAACAAAUCCCCAGGCUGCGACAUGAAAGCCCAGCGCCUCCGGGCCAGGACUCAGGCGUUAGCAAGACAGCGGAGAGCGAGGAACAGGAAGGCGGCACAGACGACGACGACAAGCCCUCCGAGACCACCCGCUUCCUUUCCCCACCUCAACCUCCCGGGGCGCCGCCACAGCAGCCUUUAAGCACCGCUCUGAGUUCGUUUUUACCGCCUCUCCACGGUAACGACAUCCUGAAGCAGAUUGCUCUGUCAGGCAGCAUGCUGAGGCAGCCCUGUAGCGACGGCUACAUGCCGGUGAAGCAGAGAGAGAGCUGAUAAUCACAGCAGGCCUGGUGUUGCAGUCGGACAGCACCAGCAGAGGGCGGUGCUCUUAAUGAAUGUAUUUUCUCCGUUUUUAAACCAGCUUAUUUAUCAGUGCCGAGAUACGAGGCACAAAAUGAGACAUAAUCGACUCUUCCCGGUAGCAGAAUGCUAGUUAGCAUAGCCACAAUGAUGAUAGAUAAACAGUGUUUUUGUCACGAUAAGGUGUUUCUCCGUCAUUAGCUCAUAUUAUGAGCUAAUGACAACGCUAGGACCCUCCUCCUGGCUCUGACUGGUUGGUGCAUUUUUUCAGAUAAUUAAAAAUUUAUCUUUUUACAGAUUGUCUGUCUUAUACUAUACUGUCGCCACGUAGUAACAGUUUUUACAAAUUGUUUUCGAAAAGCUACAUACUGUACACUGGCAGAUGAAAACUGUGAACUUCUCUCAAUGUGGCUGAAGCUAAAAGUGCAACAUCUUAAUGUUUAAUUCAUUGUUAAAGUGAAACUAUGAAGGUAAAAGAAACUGAAAUUUCGUCCACAGCAACCAGUGCUGCCGGGGCUCUGGUCCCCUCGUUCCCCCAUCUAGAACCGCCCAUGACCAGGUCAAUGUACCUUUACCCAAAGUCACAAAUUUAUUCUUAUUACAGAGACUCUAUUGUGUAGUUUUGAAUAGCAUACUUUUUUUUUUUUUUUUUACAAAGAAUAUUGUAACUUUCAGGCGAUCGCCUCUUUUUGUUCUUUCUUUCUUGCUCUUUUUUUUGUUGUUUUUGUCAAAAUGAAUACAAAUGCAUUUCUGUUAAAUAUGUGAGUGAAAAUGUUCAUAUCUUUUCUUUUUGCUUGUUUAUCUAAGCAGCAGUUCAUUCCUACAUGCAACAACAUCUCCGUUUCACAUGGCAGCUUCAUCACGUACCGAUGAGUGAAAAAAUGUUUUUGAAAAUUCAUGAAGGCUAUUGUUUUCAUAUACAGUAUAUGUCUAGAUUAUUCACUGAUUAAGAUCUGAGUUUGGCAAAGGUGGUGGAAAUAGUUAGAUCUGAUAAUGACACCCACACUGAUCAGAUGACAUAUUGGCAGCUGAUAUAUUUUCCAAUACUUGACCUUAUUUUUUUGGUAUCCAAACGUAAUGGAGUAGCUGUGUUUUUUUUUUAAACGAACGUUUCGCCUACAAAUUAAAUGGUUUGUUUUUAUCAUUAAUUUUUUGUUUACCGUUAAAUGUAUUAGACUUACCUCGCUGUCAUAUUUUAUCUUUAUUUUACUAUUUCAUUGCUUACUAGUAUUUGUAUGUCAGUGAGCGAGAUUUGAAAUUUCUGAAUUUUUCUCCAAUUAUUUUCCUUUUAAGAAAUGUUCAACAAAUAAGCGGCACGUGUAAAUGUAGAUGAAAUACAUUGAAAUGCAUUUUAAUAUUGCAUCAUUGCAUUUUAAUACACGUAUUAAAAUGAAAACAGUUCUGUGUUUUGUCUUUUUUUUCUUUUUUUUUUUCUUUUUACUAAGGCUUGG